GGAACCGCCGGCGCGGCUCGGAGCGGGUGGGCGCCCGGGAGGCCGGAUCCGUGCGGCUGCGGGACCUGGAGCGCUAGCGGCGUUUUCCCGCAGCGCUGCCCGCCAUGCGCCCGCCGCCCCGGGCCGCGCUGGGGCUCCUGCUCCUGCUGCUGCUGCUGUUUCUGCCGCACAUGCCACAGGCCACCAAGAAUCCAACGCUCUGCAAGCGGUGCCGGGGACUGGUGGACAAGUUCGAGCAGGGGAUGGUGAACACAGCAAAGAAGAAUUUUGGCGGUGGGAACACGGCUUGGGAAGAAAAGACGCUGUCCAAGUAUGAAUUCAGCGAGAUCCGCUUCCUGGAGAUCGUAGAGACCCUGUGUGCCAGCAGCGACUUUGAGUGCAACCAGAUGCUGGAGGAGCAUGAGGAGCACCUGGAGGCCUGGUGGCUACAGCUGAAAAAUGAGUAUCCUGACUUAUUUGAGUGGUUUUGUGUGAAAACGCUGAAGGUGUGCUGUUCUCCAGGAACCUAUGGACCAGACUGUCGUGUGUGCCAGGGCGGGGCUGAGAGGCCCUGCAGCGGAAAUGGCCACUGUAGCGGAGAUGGCAGCAGACAGGGGGACGGGUCCUGCCAGUGCCACAUGGGCUACCGGGGUACACUCUGCACUGACUGCGUGGACGGCUACUUCAGCUCACACAGGAACGAGACCCACAGUGUCUGCACAGCCUGUGACGAGUCCUGCAAGACAUGUUCUGGCCCGACCAGCAGGGACUGCAGCGAGUGCGAAGUGGGCUGGGUGCUGGAGCAGGACGCCUGCGUGGAUGUGGACGAGUGUGCAGCAGAGACCCCUCCCUGUAACAACACACAGUAUUGUGAGAACAUCAAUGGCUCAUACAUGUGCGAAGAUUGUGAUUCCACUUGUGUGGGAUGCACAGGAAAAGGACCAGGAAAGUGCAAAGAGUGUGUCCCUGGCUACACGAAGGAGAGUGGGCAGUGUGCAGAUAUAGAUGAGUGCUCACUAGCUGAGAAAGUAUGUUCCAGGAAAAAUGAAAACUGCUACAAUACUCCAGGGAGUUAUGUCUGCGUGUGUCCUGAUGGCUUUGAAGAAACAGAUGACGCUUGUGUACCAGAAGGUGAAGUUGCAGAAGGAAACCCGACACAGCCACCCUCCCAUGAAGACUUGUAACAUGCGCCCAGCCUCAGACUUGCCCUUUAAAUUAUUCAGAAUGAUGUCCUCUAUAGAGCAGGGAGGGUCUGGGGACGUUGCCCUCCUCCUGCAGGUGGACAGUUGGAAGGAGAAGCUUCUUUGAAACAGUUGAUACUCGGCCCUUAAAGCUGCAUUUCUUGGUUGUUCACAAACAGACUUGUAUAUUUUGAUACAGUUCUUUAUAAUAAAAUUGACCGUUGAAGGUAGUCAGGAAAA